AUGGCGCGCAUCACCAAUGAUCAAGUUGUGGAAUUCUCCCUUGAGGAGGUUCAAGCUACUCGAGUUCACAAGUCAAGAAUGCUCAUUGGGCGGCUGUUCUCCGAUGAUCGACUAUCCACUGCUGAACUGAGAGAUGCGGUGAACCGACCGUGGCAGGGACAAGGUCGUAUCGUGGUACGUGAGCUGCCGCAUGGACUAUUCGAAUUCACGAUUCCUUCGGAAGCAGCCAAGUCAUGGGUUUUGCAGCGAACCCCAUGGACGAUUGCGGACAGAAUUUUACAUUUGAAGCCAUGGAUCCCUGCUGUUUCACAACGCACUUUUGAGGAAUUGGCGAUAGUCCCUUUCCGUGUCCAGUUAUGGGAGAUCCAGGAGGGUUGCUGCACGCCCCAAUUCGGGCGGAAGAUAAUCACGUCCAUGAUAGGGCGCGUUUUGGAAGCGGCUGUGUUCACUAGUGCUGGCAAUACCCGGAAUUUUGUCAAAGUAAAAACACUGGUGGAUUUUUCCAAACCACUGCGAUCGCAGAUCAUGGCAACCAAUGACGAGACGGGUGGUUUUUGGAUCCGUUUGAAGUAUGAGUUCCUCCCUUGUUUCUGUUUUAAAUGUGGUCGUGUGGGCCAUGCUCGUCAGACAUGUCGCUUUGAUCCCCCAACAAGGAAGGAGAGAUUUGGCCCACAUAUGUCGACUAAAGAGAUGGGGAGAAAGGUGUUCGAUGGGGACGAGACGAGGGUGCAAGCUGCCCGGAUCCCCCGCUCAGUGUGGGUUAACACGGAGCUCCAUCGGCCUCAAAGCCCAGGCGCAGACAGAGAUUUGGGUCCCCAAAAUCCUGUUACAAACAGGCCUCCCAAAAAAACAGGAACAGACGCGGCCUUGGGCCAAAAACGAGCUGGACAAGUCAGGCAACAGGCCCGCGGGCCGGAAGAUGGUUCGGAAAGCCCACUGUGGAUGGGGUCGUCGACCAAUCCGUUUAUUACCACUGAGGAUCGGCCUUUGAGGAGCAGCCCAAAGAAAUUUCCCGUUGCAAAAGGGCCGAGACUUGCCCUGGGGAACUUGACCCGCCGUGGGAAGCCCAAGAAGAAGCAGAGGAGUCCAAUGGACAUUGACGGCCCAGUCAAGCCUCUCUUACGGGCUGGUCAACCGAAGGGGGUUAGGGCGGGGACGGGUGCUGACCCGGGCGGCAAAACGAAGGCAGGAAGGGGACCUGCUCCCUGUGAACCAGCUUCGUCGCCUGCCCCACGCCAACCAGUGGAUCCCAAGCCAAAGAAGGCGGAGGGGAAAUCGAGACCUCGCCGGCUGAUCCUUGAGGAAGAAUCGGAGGAAGAAGUCCUCUUCUGUGGAAUCUCCUCUAUGGGCCCGUCGCGGGAAUCAAGUGAAGCUGGGGUUCACCGGCGCCGGCUUCGGCAAAAAGGGGUGGUGCUGGAUGCGGUGCCGCUCAGGCAGAUCCCCCCGGUGCAGAAGAAUGAGGCUGGGAUGUGCUCCCUGCCCAGAGAAUCGAGCCCCCGUGUGCAGUUGGCAUGCGAGGAAACCCUGGGAGAAGACGGAUUUGAAGAGGAUUGUCAGCUCCAGUCACGGACGAGAGAGGCUGGGGCGAAAAAUGGGGCCGCUAAUUUGGAAACAGGACAGGGUUCUUGGAAGCCCACCGAUUCUUCGUCGGAUGAGGAGUGCCCCGUUUUUGAAGUUAGGCGCCGAUCUCCCCAGGGCAAUCAUAGUCUCAAACGCUUGGCUCGCUCCAAUCGGGUUAACCAAGUGGUCAAAGCCUUUGAAAAAGGGAUGUCCAUGGCUGAAACGGAGACACCUUUGGCCCCGAACAUAAAUGGGCAGGGAGAUGCUCGAUUGGCCAUUACUAUUGAUGAGUAUGGUACUAAUAUUACUGAUAAGAUGCACAGACAUAAGAAGCGGCAAUUGGAGGACAUACUAGGGGAGGACGAGGAGAGUCCGAUUCCCAAAAAACAAUUUGUGGAAGUUAUGGAAGAAGCUGAUAAGGUGGAGGAAGCCAGCCUAGAGUGGCCCCCUGUUGAUAAAUGA